AUGGAAUGCUUCACUCCUUUCAGGCUCCUGUAUCUCCUCCUCGUUCUCUCAAUUGCUAUGUCAGCUUCCAUGGCAGAAGACCUGGGAACUUACAUAAUCCACAUGGAUAAGUCAACCAUGCCAAUGACCUUCUCCAGUCAUCAUGACUGGUAUCUGUCAAUGCUAUCAUCCAUGUCAUCCUCGGAUGGAGUGCAUCCAACCCAUCUCUACACAUACAACCAUGUUUUGGACGGCUUCAGUGCUGUGCUGUCCCGGGAACAUCUUGAUCAGCUGGAGAAGAUGCCGGGGUUCUUGGCAAUCCAUGCAGAUACCUUUGGGAGAUUCCAUACCACACGUUCACCAACAUUUCUUGGACUAGAUAAAAAUGCUGCAGGCUCAUGGCCGGAAGGCAAGUUUGGUGAAGACGUGAUUAUCGGUAUAAUUGACACUGGAAUCUGGCCAGAGAGUGAGAGUUUUAAGGAUAAGGGAAUGGGUCCGGUGCCAGAUAGAUGGCGAGGUGCAUGUGAAUCUGGGGUGGAGUUCAACUCUUCUUAUUGUAACCGAAAACUCAUUGGAGCACGCUCUUUUAGUAAAGGGUUGAAGCAGCAAGGCUUGAUCAUAUCAACGUCUGAUGAUUAUGAUUCCCCAAGAGAUUUCUUUGGACAUGGGACUCACACUGCGUCGACGGCAGCUGGGAGUCCAGUGAGAGAUGCCAAUUACUUUGGCUAUGCAAAGGGAACAGCUAUUGGCAUUGCACCCAAGGCUCGGCUUGCUGCGUACAAAGUGCUUUUUACCAAUGACUCGGAUAUUUCGGCUGCCUCAGACACAUUAGCCGGAAUGGACCAAGCCAUAGCCGACGGUGUUGAUCUCAUGUCACUGUCGCUGGGAUUCGAAGAGACAACCUUCGAACAAAACCCAAUUGCAGUGGGAGCCUUUGCAGCCAUGGAGAAAGGGAUUUUUGUGUCUUGUUCAGCUGGUAACUCUGGCCCUGAGGGCUACACCAUGCUCAAUGGAGCUCCUUGGAUUACAACCAUUGGUGCCGGGACUAUUGAUAGAGAUUAUGCGGCCGAUGUCACAUUUGGCGGUGGCAUCUUGACCAUCCGAGGAAGAUCCGUGUACCCGGAAAACGUGUUGGUCUCGAAUGUUUCUCUGUACUUCGGCCAUGGAAAUAGAAGCAAGGAACUAUGUGAAGACUUUGCUCUAGACCCAAAAGAUGUUGCAGGCAAAAUCGUGUUCUGCUACUUCAACCAAUCAGGAGGUGUUAGUCAGGUGCGUGAAGUGGAUAGAGCAGGAGCAAAAGGAGCCAUCAUCAGUUCAGACUCGGAGUUUUUUAAUUUUCCUAGUUUUUUCUUUAUCCCAUUGGUGGUUGUAACCCCCAAAGAUGGAGAUUUGGUGAAGGACUACAUCAUCAAAUCAGAGAAUCCUGUGGUUGAUGUUAAGUUCCUGAUAACUGUGUUGGGUAGUAAACCAGCCCCUCAAGUUGCCUUUUUCUCAUCUCGAGGGCCGAAUAAUAGGGCCCCAAUGAUACUGAAACCUGAUGUAUUGGCUCCUGGGGUGAAUAUCUUGGCUGCAUGGGCACCCAAGGUAGCACUGACACGGGUAGGAGAUAACCGCUUGCUCACUGAUUACACUCUCCUCUCUGGAACAUCUAUGUCCUCUCCCCAUGCAGUUGGGGUAGCUGCACUGCUGAAAUCAGCACACCCAGAUUGGAGCUCGGCCGCCAUUCGGUCAGCAUUGAUGACCACAGCAUACCUGCUCGACAACACCAUUGGAUCUAUCAUUGACAUGGACACUGGAGUUGCAGCGACUCCUUUGGACUUUGGAGCAGGGCACAUCAACCCUAACAUGGCCAUGGACCCAGGUCUUAUUUAUGAUAUAGAGGUCCAAGACUAUAUCAAUUUCCUGUGUGGACUGAACUACACUAGCAAACAGAUUAAGAUCAUCAGCAGGAGAUCAAAGUUCACCUGCGAUCAAGCCAAUCUAGACCUAAAUUACCCUUCAUUCAUAGUCCUCCUCAACAAUAACACCAACACUACUAGCUACACCUUCAAGAGGGUGUUGACAAACGUGGUGGAUUCCCCUUCGGUUUAUCGGGCAAGUGUGAAGCAACCAUCGGGAAUGAAAGUUAACGUACAGCCCUCCAUGGUUUUCUUUGCAGGAAAAUACAGCAAAGCUGAAUUCAACAUGACAGUAGAGAUCAAUCUGGGAUAUGCUAGACCACAGAGCGAAUAUAUUGGAAAUUUUGGAUAUCUAACCUGGUGGGAGGUUAAUGGUACCCAUGUGGUGAAAAGUCCUAUUGUCUCUGCUUUUGCACUUUAA